UUUCACACCCUAACCCUUCCACAAACACUACUACCCCGUGCACUAUAAAUACCCUUUACCCUAUACCCUUUCAUCUCGUUUUCUUCUCCGUUUUCUCCAUCCUUCCACUCUCUCUUCGCUCCGGUUACCCUAAACACAUCUUUCCUCUCCCUUCCCGCCAAAACCUCCCCUCUCAUCACCACCAAGCCUUCAAUUCUUGAACCUUCUUUUUCACUAUCUUCUUCACUAACUAAAUCACUCACUCACUCACGCUUACCCCGUGUGUGUGUGUGUUAGAUCCUUCCACCAAAAGCGGAGUGAGAUUUCAUUUGAAGCGUAUCCAAGGUUGGCCAUAUUCUCUUCUCUCUCUCUCUUGGAAUAUAUCUCCAGAAGAAAAGCAAAAGUUUGUUAGUUGUUACCCAUAAACAUCUCGGUUUCUUUCUGCAUCACCAACACCAAAAGUUCUCAAACGUCUCAAUUCCCCCAGCAUAUACAUCUACUUGUCCACUUUUCCCCCAUACCCUCUAAAUUCUUUCGCCCUUUAAACCCACCCUUCAUGCACUCCACCACCACACCACAACUUUCCCUCUUCCACCUCUUACUCUCACACUCACUCAAAAAUAAACAACCUUGACACAAAAACACACUCCUCACCCUUCAAUUCUUCACUUUCUUCCAUCUCUCUCUCAAUCCUUUAGACAUGUCCGUACACUCAACACUGAACCUCCACCCCAUCGACCCCGCCACUCCAAAUUCCAAUUUUGAUGAUAACCCACCAUGCAAAACCAAGACCAAAACCCAAAGGAGGCUCCUUCGGAUCAUAAUCACCGACCACGACGCCACUGAUUCUGACUCCGACGACGAACAACGACAAAACAAUCCAACAACGAGGAAAGUGAAGAGAGAAAUUACCCAAAUCAGCAUGCACCUUCCUCUCCCGGACAACUCCCUUUCUUCUUGUUCGUAUUCUUCUGGUUUAGCUUCUGCUUCCUCUUGUUCCUCCGAACAAGUCUCAAAGUGCAGAAGGCCCAAAAAACCUCCACCACCCUCCGAAGCGGCCCGCCGCCGCAGCAAGUUCCGCGGCGUCCGUCAGCGGCCGUGGGGUCGAUGGGCCGCCGAGAUCCGCGACCCGACCCGCCGGAAACGCCUCUGGCUCGGAACCUUCGACACGGCGGAGGAAGCCGCCACAGAGUACGACAAAGCCGCCGUCAAACUCAAGGGUCCCAACGCCGUCACCAAUUUCCCCCUCACAAGGCCGCCCCCGGUGGAGUCUCCUUUCGCCGCCAUCGACAGCCUCAGCACCGACGGCGGCGCGUCGUACUCCGACCUGGUGGCCUCGCCGACGUCCGUUUUGACCUACGACUGCGACUCGACGCCGUUCGACAGUUACCAUUACGGCGACGUGGACGCGCUCGGGUUCCACAUCGACGCGCCGUUAAGUCUGGCGGACGUUGACGUCUCGCUUACGUGUCAUCCCUAUAAGGAGGAGGAAGAGGCGUUCGAUGAAUUCGAUCUCGACGAGUUCAUGAAGUGGCCUUACUAAAAAUCUCAGGGACAGUUUGGUAAUUGUGCGGUGUUUGCCCAUUGAUGCAGUGUGAAAGUUGAAAUUCCGAAUGUGCCCCUUUCGGUGUUGGAGUUUGAAAUUUUGUCGUACUCAUUGGAUCUUUGGAAGAGUGUAGAGUUGUAGUCCCAUUCUACUACCACCUGAAACGGCGAUUCUUUAUGUCGUAUUUGGCAGAAUUUAAUUUGUAAUUAUCAUGAAAAGUUAAAAAAAAAUUAAGUGUCAAAAGCAGUGAUUGAGAAGCAGAUCAGCUAAGCAAGGAUUAUAUUGUAAUUGGUAUAUAAAUUUUGAUAAUUAUUUAAAGAGAUUUUGAUAUUAUCUAUAUAGAAUGAUGGGUUAGUGCAAAAGGGACACAUUGAUAAAAUUUGGCUGCUGAAUCCCAGCCAUCAAUGUUCAUAUUUGAAUCAUUCU